CACAAGUACUUGUUCUGUGUGUGCAAGUGUUAAUUAGUGUCAAAUAGUAUUAUACAAAGUUUCAGAUACUAAAAUCCAAACUAUGGCUCUGUGCUACACAUGUAAACAACCCUCUAGUCUAUGAACUUUUCUCUAUCAUUUUCUAACAUUGCAGCAAAUAACAGAUUCAUUCAGAUACAUUAUUCAUAUCUUCUGUUUUCCUUGCAGCAAAUAAUGGUUCCUUUGAAAGACCUAUACCCUACUUCACAACGGCAGCAGUGUCUUUCUAUCAUUCACACUUAGGCUUACAAAUUACAACUUCUGUUUAAAUACUACAGUUCAGUUUACAAGAUUACCUCUGAGCCAACCACUUAUCAGUAAACUAUGAAUUAUAUCCAACAGAAACAAAUACUACCGUCAAGUUUUAAAGAUUAUUCCUAAGCCACUAUUAGUAAACUAUGAAUCAUAUCCAACUGAAACAAAUACUACCAUCAAGUUUACAAGAUUACCUCUGAGCCACUAUCAGUAAACUAUGAAUCAUAUCCAACUGAAGCAAAUACUACCGUCAAGUUUACAAGAUUAUCCCUGAGCCAUUUAUCAGUAAACUAUGAACUAUACUGUGAGAUCUAAGUCUAAAGAUCAAAACUCCACAAACCCUACAUUUUUGUAGUCCUCUUUGAAUUGAAGAGUUGUUAAUCAUGGAAAGUAAAAGAGAGGAAUGUCAAGGUAGUAGCACACUUAAGAUUAAGAUUGCAAGUAGUAGUAGUAGUAGUAGCAUCAAACAAAGUGGUGAAAAAAGUUUAGACAAUUCAAGUUUACCUUCACCAAACAUAAAAAGUUCCAUAGAAUCAUCACCUUAUGAAUCUCCUCUUGUUUCUCCACCUUCAUCAGCCUUUGUUUCAGCUUUGCAAUCUCCUUAUAUAUCUCCAAGAGCCACAAUUCCAAACCCUCAAGAAAAUCCACCACAAACUACUACUACUAGUAGUACUAAUUCAACCUGUGAUCCAUUAUCAACACAUCAUCUGCUUGCACAUCCUUCGACUCCGGAGGAUGUGCCGAGUAGUUCCUACACUCCACCUUCUGACCCUUAUGAAUUUUCUGAUGACACUUCUGAUACAAAGUUGAAAUUCAUGACAUGUGUUCCUGAAUCAGCUCCACCAAGAAUCUCAUUCUCAUUUCCAGUCCCUACAAGAGUUUCCUUUGCUAAAGGUCCUGUUUCUUCCCCUGCUGCUACUACCAAUGCCAAACUUGUUGGAAGCUAUGAUGUUUACAUCGGUUUCCAUGGACAAAAUCCGAAUCUUAUCCGCUUCGUCAAGUGGCUUAAAUCUGAUCUUGAGCUUCAAGGGAUUGAUUGCUUGCUUGCUGAUAGAGCAAAGUAUUCAGAUAGUCAAAGCAUUGAGAUUGCUGAUAGAGUCAUUUGCUCGGUCGCAUUCGGAUUAGUAGUUGUCACUAGUUCGAGUUUUUUCAACCAUUCAAGCAUGGAAGAGGUUAGAUUCUUUGCUCAAAAGAAGAACUUGAUUCCUAUCUUAUUUGACACAUUACAUUCUGAGAUUAUUUCACUUGUUAAUUGCAACAAUUCAAUUGAUAAACAAUGUAAAGAAGCGAUCGAUGGACUCGUGAAAUGCAAUGAGUUUUUUAUAGAAGCUAAUGAUGGUAAUUGGAGAAGUUGCAUAUCAAAAGUUUCUAGUAUUUUAAGAGCAAGACUUGGUAGAAAAAAUGUUAUAAGUCAAAAAGAUAGUAUGAAAGGAUUUGAUAAUUUAUUACCUUUUCCAAGGAAUGAAUAUUUUGUUGGAAGAGAGAAAGAGAUUAUGGAGAUUGAAUGUUUACUUUUUGGAAAUAGAAAUUGUGUGGAACAAGUUCAAGAUCAUUGUAGAACAUUGAUCAAAGGAGAAGCUAGUGGUAGUGGACAAUCAGAAGGACUUGCUGAUGAAGAAAGCGAAUAUGUGAUCGAAAAAGGCGGUGGAAGGUUUAUAAGCUUAGAGAUAGGAAGGAACAAAGAACCAAAUCUAGAAGCUUGGAUUGAACAACCAAUGAUAGGAAACAACAAUUCAUUGAAAAGGUUGAAGAAUAAGAAGUCAAAAAGUGGAAGCUAUAAGAGUUUGUGUAAUAGUAGUGUGAUUUGCAUUAGUGGUGUUUCUGGUAUUGGAAAAUCUGAAUUGGCUUUGGAAUUUGGUCAUAGAUAUUAUGAGAGAUACAAAAUGGUUUUGUGGAUUGGUGGUGAAGUUAGAUACCUUAGACAGAACAUAUUGAACUUGUCUAUGAAUUUUGGUUUGGAUGUUGGUGCUGAUUCCGAGACAGAAAGAGGUCGAAUUCGAAGCUUCGAGGAGCAAGAAUUCGAAGCGUUGAAGAGAAUCAAGAGGGAACUUUUCGGCGAGACGCCUUACUUGUUGAUAAUUGAUAAUCUUGAGAGUGAAGAAGAAUGGUUGGAAGGGAAAGAUUUAUAUGAUUUGAUACCAAGAAAUUACAUAGGAGGGACUCAUGUGAUUAUUACUACUAGACUUUCCAAGGUGAAAAACUAUGAUACUAUUCACUUACCUGCAUUGCCUUUAUCUGAUGCAAUGAUUCUGUUAAAAGGAAGAAAAGGAAAAGAUUAUUCAAUUGAUGAAGUGAAUUUCCUUGAAAAAUUCUAUGAGAAACUUUGCAGGUUGAGUUUUGGUUUGUCGAUGAUCGGUUCGUUGUUGAAUGAACUUGAAAUUAGUCCUUGUUCUCUCUUUGAGUUCAUUAACAUGGUUUCACUCAAUGAUGAAGAUUAUUCAGGCUCUUGUUGUAUGAGUAUUGCACAAGAACAAUGGUGCAAGAAUAAUUCUUUUCUGAUGAAGACCUUACUUUUUGGUUUGGAAACUUUGUCAAAAGAGAACUUUUUGGCUAUAAGAAUGUUUCUUGUUGGUGGUUGGUUUUCUCCUAAUCCAAUUUCAUCCAAUUUGUUAGUCAAUGCAGCAAAGAGUGUAUCUACAUGUGAAAAAAGUUUCAAGAAAUGGACUAAUUGUCUAAGUUUAACAUCGAGUUGUUUAUCGCCGAGGACAUGGAAAGACGAAGAAGAUUCGGGGGCUAUGCUUCUUGUGAAAUUUGGACUAGCUAAAAGGACUAAUCAGCAUGAUGAUGGAUGUUGUUGGCUACAUUUCCAUUCCAUAACACAAAAUUUCGCUAAAAGAAAAGGCGGUCUUCGAUAUGCAAAGGCUGCGAUUCAAGGCGUUCGAAAAAUGAACAAUCAUGUAGUAAUCUCACAUCAUUUAUGGGAAUCAGCUUUUCUUGUUUUUGGUUUCAAAUCCGAUCCACCGGUUGUGGAACUGAAACCAACUGACAUGGUUUUGUACAUCAAAAGAACGGCUCUACCGCUCGCGAUUCAAGCCUUCACUGCUUUUUCGAGAUGCAAUUCGUCUUUGGAGCUACUAAAAGUUUGCACCAAUGCACUUGAGGAGGUUGAGAAAUCCUUUGUAUCACAAAUACAAGAUUGGUCUCAUGACUCAAUUUGUUGGAAAAAAAGGUUGCAAAGAAGAGAAAAAGUUGAUGAAUAUGUUUGGCAAGAUGUUACUUUAUUGAAAGCUACAUUACUUGAGACUCAAGCUAAGUUGUUAGCUAGAGGAGGAUAUCUAGAUAGUGGUAAGGAACUUUGUAGGACAUGUAUUAGUAUUAGGACUGUGAUGCUUGGACAUAAUCAUGCAUUGACUUUGGCUGCUCAAGAGACAUUGGCAAGGUUGGUUAGAAUGAGGAGUAAGAUAUGAUGAAUAUGUUUGUUUUUGUUUCAUCUUGUGUCUUUGUUAAUUAUAGUUAAACUUCAUACAUGACACAACUUUGUAGUGGAUAUGUAAUAAUGUUAUUAUGGGGGGAAUGUAGAGUGAAUGACAAAAUUUGUUCUUGAAAUUGUGUCAAGUUAGUCUAUGAAUUUAUUAAUAUUUUCAGUAGUCA